AUGUCGGAGACGCAAGUUGCACCCAGUCGCAUGACACUGCAGAUAGCGAAGCAGAAGAAGAAAGGAGCUGCUCAAGGUUAUCAACUCCUCAAGAAGAAGAGCGAUGCUCUCUCUGCUCGCUUCCGUGGCAUGCUAAAGGAAAUAGUCAAGGCAAGGACAAAACUGUCAAUAGGAGACAACAUUAAUGAGGCACACUUCUCUCUAGCUAAGGCCUCUUGGGCAGGAGGCAGUGACUUGCGUGGACAGCUUAUGCAGCGUAUAAAACGUCCUGCAGUAUUUGUGACGGCUGCCUAUGAUAAUGUUGCGGGAGUUCGAUUGCCCGUCUUCCAAAUCACUACAGACCCUACUGUUGAUAUCCUUAAGAAUAUAAAUCUGUCUGCUGGUGGUCAUGUUAUUCUUGCGGCAAGAGAUAAGUACCAAGAAGCACUUGCUGAGCUUGUUAAGUUAGCCUCCCUUCAGACGGCUUUCUUUACGUUGGAUGCGGAGAUAAAAAUGACCAACAGACGUGUCAAUGCACUCAACAACGUGGUUCUGCCUAAGCUGGAUAGAAGUAUAACAUACAUCACCAAAGAAUUAGAUGAGAUGGAGCGUGAGGAAUUCUUCAGACUAAAGAAGAUCCAGGAGAAGAAGAAGGUAGCUAGGGAGGCAGAGCAGCAGGCAAUGGAGGAGGCAGCAAAAGCCAUAGAGGCAGAGGCAGGCCCAUCGUCAAUACUGGCGGACGAUGAGGACGAUCUCCUCUUCUAA